AUGUAUUUGGAAUAUGAUAUGAAUGGAGAAAUGGCGUUUUAUUUUAUGGUUCCAUUCGUUGUGUUUAUUCUUAUGAUAAUAACAUGUUGUUCAUGGUCUGAGAAUGAAGAAAUCUCUUCUGUUCUUACAGAUCAUAAUCAAUAUCGAUCAUCACAAGUAAAUAAAUCUAAACAAAAACGGCACCGAACAUUAGUUAGAAUUGGUUUAAUCGUAGUAUGGAUUGUUUUGUUUAUCGUUGUUUAUUAUAUGUCACCAACUAUUGAUGACAAUCUCCAAGAAUUCGAUCCAUUUCUAAUAUUGGACGUCGAUGAAGAUACAUCAAACAAUGAUAUAAGACAUGCCUAUCAUGCAUUAACCUACAAAAUUCUAACUGAUGAGACAACAAAGGAAAACUGGAGAAUGUAUGGUAAUCCUGAUGGACAAAAAGAAUUACAUUUAGGUUAUGCUCUAUCAUCAUGGUUUUUUGAUACAAAAAAUUCUAUGUUCAUUCUAUGUGCUUAUACUAGCAUUUUUAUUGUUUUCGCCCUAAAGUGUUGUUUAUGUUAUUGA